CAAAUUGUCUUCCAACAUCCCAGUUCGCCAUGUGUCAUAGGAAAAUCCAAUCACGAAACCCAAAAUCCCAUUUCAACCCUCACUUCCUCCCUCACCCUCAGUUUGCAACUCCAAAUUUGUUCCCUUCCAGACCAAACCCACGUAACUAUGGCUUCCUUAGCAACAUUAGCCGCCGUUCAACCCGUCACCGUAAAGGGUCUUGGUGGAAGCUCCCUUGCCGGAGCCAAGCUCCCUCUCAGACCAUCUCGCCAGACCUUCAGACCCAAAAACUUCAAGGCUGGUGCUGUGGUUGCUAAGUAUGGUGACAAAAGCGUUUACUUUGAUUUGGAGGAUUUGGGCAACACCACUGGACAGUGGGAUUUGUAUGGAUCUGAUGCUCCUUCACCAUACAAUUCUCUUCAGAGCAAAUUCUUUGAGACCUUUGCUGCUCCGUUCACCAAGAGAGGAUUGUUGCUCAAGUUCUUGCUACUAGGUGGUGGUGCUACUUUAGCUUAUUUCAGUGCUACUGCCCCAGAUGAUGUUCUUCCCAUUAAGAAAGGACCUCAACUUCCACCGAAACUUGGGCCACGUGGCAAGAUCUAAUCCGCUUUUGAAUCUUUCUCGUUUUCUGGGGUUUUUGUUGUAUGUAAAUCUUCUCUCUUAACUCUCCUUCCCAGUAUGUUUCAAAUAUACCGUAUAGGAGUGUUAUUUGAGCAAUUGUUAUUAUGUGAUGAAUGUACUUUUACAAAGUGGUCUUGCCAGUUUCUUUGAAAGACUGAUAAAGAUAUGGGUUAAAAAGA